UAGUUACCCUCCUUUUAUUUGUAUAAUCUUUUCAAGGCUUCUUGUUAGCCGACUAUGACAAUUUUGUUACCAUAGAUUUGUAAAAUCGUUGAAUUUCYAUCUGAUUCCUCUGCAAUCAUGAAGUUGAGUCUUAGGAGUCUGGCUUAAUCAAAUUCUUUUAGUGGGUCAGGAAAAUGUUUUUGAAUCACAGGAUGCAAGAAUAAGCUUUUUAAUCAUCUGUUAGUGCCUUUGCAGAGUCAGUUUCCUGCCGUGCCAUUAAUUUAGACUUUUGUUGGGAUGGUUGCAGCUGCAGAACCACUUUUCUGGGAGGAUACUUAGUUUGAGGAUAGAUAGGAUUGAGAAACCUCCUGAAUGUAUACCAUAUGUUAUGGAAUGAAUGAAAGAGUUGGAUGUAGAAAUAAGUUUGAAUUACUCUGUAAUUCUGUUACUAACAAAAUGGAAAUAGAGUGAGAGAAAURUAUGAGGUAAGCAUAUACGUGAGAUGUAAGUUUAGUUACGGUAAUGUUGGAAGUCUUUGAAGUGAAAAAGGAGAGCUAACCUCUUGAAAGUUUGUCAUGUGCACUACAUUUUCUAAUGUGCGUUUUAUCAUGGUACUCUCUGGUCGCAGUUUUCCCUUCAUAUUAGUUAUUCCUUACCAGAAGGAAAAAACUAUCUUUUUUUUUUUUGAUAAGAAACAAAGAAUCCAUUGAUCUAUCAAAAAGGGAGACGACCUAAUGGGCAGAGGGUUGAGAAAACCCUCCCCAAAGAAGUUCUAGACAAUGGCAGCCUUCCAAUUUCUAACUAACGUGUAGGCUAUAAUACAAAAGAAUUUCUUGUGGUUUAUAGUCCACCAUGAAGCAUAAUGUUGUACAUUACUACGAAAAACCUCCUUGAGGGACUGCUUAUCGUUGGAAAGCCUACUAUUUCUUAUUAGGUUCCCGGUUUUCCCCCUUUUUUGUUGUUUGUUCCAUAGAACAUUUUUGAUUGAGAGAUCAAUUAGUUAGUGUCCCUCUCCCUCUAUUAUUCAUGUAGUCAAUAUGAUUCUUGGUAAUAGGGAUUCACGUGUAUGGUCCCUUCAUCUUGUCUGGUGUUUCACUUGCAAGUCUCUGUAAACUCAAUUGGUUUCUUCUUUUCUUUUGGACCCUUCUUUCUKUAAACUUUGGAAGUUGAAAGCUUGUAGAAAAUUUGGGUCUUUUUAAACUUGUCACCAUUUGAAGGAUUGACAACUUUGAAUUGGUGUAUUCAAUGUGCCUUUUGGCUUCUCUAUGAUGCGGAGUUCGGGCAUUUGCAGGAUGAUAGAUAAGUCAUUUUGUACCUUCUGUUUUAGGGCGAUGGCAUUAUUUUUGCCACAUUUUUUUAUAUAAUUAAAAAUUUUGCUAUUUUAUGGAAUAUUUGAUCGGAAAUAAAUGRGAGAAUGAGAUACAGGUUGUGGGAGGAAGUUUGGGGUUGAAUUUGAAAGUUAACUUUCCUACUUUGGGAGGUUUAAUUUGUCUUUGAUGGUUAUAACUUAUAACUUUGUAACUCUUCUAAUAAAAUGAAAAGUGUAAUUCUUUGUUGAAGAAAAAAGAAACCCAAAAUGUCCCUGGCAUUGCAUUGAAUCUUUAGUCUAACAGAUUUCUCAAAAACUUGCUCGUAGUUCAUAAUGCCACUAGAACCUUUUACAAGCUCUCUAUGAUGUUACUGUAUUUYGAACCUUAUUCUUUUGUAUCUCUGCGCCAUGUGGACUUGCAAAUUUGCAUGCRGAAUCUUCUUUUACCUCACCGAUAUGGAUMGACUCUUCUCAUCCAUUAUUUGUCGACUUUGUACAGUUACUCGAAUCGAGGCAAAGAGYGAGAAGUUUGACAUGUUCAUGCAUCUAGAUAUAAAUACAGAAAUAUACAACUUGAAAGAAGGUGAAAAGUUUUCAAUGGCUCUGGCUCCAACUCUGAAUCUUGAUGGAACCCCUGACACGGGCUAUUAUCUUCAGGGCAAUCGGAAGUCGCUUGCAGACAGAUAUGAAUACAUCAUGCAAGGGAAGCUGUUUAGAAUAUCGGAAAGUUCUGGACAUGGCGGGAGAGCGGAAAUAGAUGCCUCUUUUGGUGGGCUCCUGAUGAUGCUUAAGGGGGACCCCUCACAUUGCAGCAAGUUUGAGCUUGAUCAAAGGCUGUUUCUUCUCAUCAGGAAGGUGUGAAGCGCUGUCAUUCGAGUCGAACUAUGAUGAUGUACGAUAGAAGUUGUGUCAUCGCCUGUUCCUAUAAUAACUGUGUAYGUUUAGAAAUCUAUGUAACCCUUUUACAGUUUCAAGCUAUUGGGAUCGAAUUGAAAUCGGGGAUCGAUGAAAGAUUGGGCAUGUGAUCUAUAUUUUGAACUAAUGAAUCAUCGCAUCAGUCUUGCUAUUAAUCUAACAAUCAUAGUUGCGUUGCAUU